UUAUGGAAAAUGUAGCAUAUUCUUAUUAAAAAAUGGAGUCUUCGAGCGCAUAUCCUAAACAGAAAAUUGUAAAAUUCCCAUUAAACCUGACAAUACAUCGGGUAGAUUGAGAUUUCCAUGUUUUCUUCAAUGCACGGGUGGCCCGCUAGCAUGAUCUCUUUUCUCUAAUUUCUCGCUGCUGAUGUCCGACCACAUAAUUGAAAAAACACCCAGUAAUCUAUAUCUAGACAAGAGGGAUCGUCUGAAACUUUUACGGAGUGGAUCUCCCAUUACAGUCCAUUCCGAAUUCUCUGUCUCGUCCUUUGGUAGGUACUCAUUUACACUUAAUAUGUUAGUACCCAUUUUGAAUAAAUGCAUGGUUCAUCGUCAUUGUCACUCCCGUUGACACAGAACUACACUCGCAGGAAUCAAUAACGCUGAUGCCCACUUGCACUUUUGCAGUUGGGCAUCGACAUAUCCUUCGACAGUCCUUGAAACCAAUGUCCUUUAAUAUAGUUAUUCAUUUUAAUUGGGGAAAAAGUUUUUUCACUGAAAUUCGUUUUUCUUGAUAGAGUAGAGAAAGAAUAAAGAAUGUCCGCCUCAGCAGUUGGUGUUCAUGAUGUCUCUGUGUAUAUGAACUGCAUUUCCCACUUACCUAUUUUACCUGUUAAGUCAUAUCACUCUUCUACACUGCCGAGCUCCAUUUGUACUUCUGAAGUGGUAGUUUCAUCACCAUGGGGUCAUCCAGUAAGUGAGGUUAGAUUCAUUCCUCAAAACAAUAAGAAUGCCAGAAACACUAUUUUUAAUUCGCUUGUGAGUAAUCUCGGCAGGGUGGGUGGAAGUGUUUGGAGGCACUACUUCAAUCGGUUUGUGAGGCUGCACUGUGAGAGGAUGCCCCUACUGCCCAUUGGGUUGGCAUCCAUUAGGGCUGCUAAUGGCUCACAUGAUGAUGGGGAUUCUACUUCCAGGCGAGUGGAUGAUAGUGGAAUUCAGAUUAAUUGUGGAGAAAGCAAGAAAAAAGUCCUAAUUCUUAUGAGUGACACAGGUGGUGGACACCGGGCUUCUGCGGAAGCCAUUAAAGCUGCAUUUGAGCUAGAAUUCGGUGACGAGUACAAGGUAUUUGUGACUGACUUAUGGAAAGAUCACACCCCCUGGCCAUUCAAUCAAAUACCAAGGAGCUACAGCUUUUUGGUGAAGCACGGGACACUCUGGAAAGUCACCUUCCAUGGAACUGCUCCACGCAUUAUACAUCAAACAAAUUUAGCAGCAACAUCUGCCUUUAUUGCCAGAGAAGUGGCAAGAGGUUUGAUGAAGUACCAACCUGAUAUUAUUGUAAGUGUACAUCCUUUAAUGCAGCAUGUUCCACUUCGAGUUUUAAAGUCCAAAGGUCUUCUUAAAAAGAUAUUAUUCACUACAGUCAUCACAGAUUUGAGCACCUGUCAUCCAACAUGGUUCCAUAAGCUUGUAACUAGAUGCUACUGCCCAACACCUGAGGUUGCAAGAAGAGCAUCAAAGGCGGGUUUACAGCCUCCACAAAUACGUGUAUAUGGGCUGCCUGUACGGCCAUCAUUUUGCAAGGCUAUUAGAUCUAAGGAUGAACUUAAAAGGGAUUUAGGAAUGGAUGAGGAUUUACCUGCAGUUUUAUUAAUGGGAGGAGGAGAAGGCAUGGGUCCUGUCGAGAAAACAGCUCGGGCCCUUGGAGAAACUCUAUAUAAUGAGAAAUUAGGAGAGCCUAUUGGUCAACUUAUUGUUAUUUGUGGCCGUAAUCGAAAGCUUGCAAAAAAGUUGCAGUCCAUUCAAUGGAAUAUGCCAAUACAGGCAGGUCCGGGGACAAUUGCAGAAGCUAUGAUCAGAGGUCUUCCUAUUAUCCUCAAUGAUUACAUUGCUGGCCAGGAAGCUGGAAAUGUGCCUUAUGUUGUUGAAAAUGGAGCUGGGAGGUUUUGCAAAUCACCAAAAGAAAUAGCUAAUAUUGUCGCUAAGUGGUUUGGUCCAAAGGCUGACGAAUUGAAGAUGAUGUCUCAGAAUGCACUAAAGCUUGCCCGACCUGAUGCAGUAUUUAAGAUUGUUCAUGACCUUGACGAGUUAGUUCGUCAGAGAGAUGUUCUGUCUGAGUUUGCAUUACCUUUAACUUGACAUUUCACUUACUGUUUUUAAAAUUUAAGCAUUAGCGUUGUUCCUCUUCAAUUUUGACUUGAUAUAUUAUUUUCAUUUAUUCAUGAAGAGCACACGGUUAUACUGAGAGGGGGGGCAGGGGGGGGGUGAAUCAGUAUAACAACAAAUUUUACCAUUUUAAACCUUUUCGAUCAUAAGAAUAUAACUUAUCUUAUUAACA